AUGUCACUGAAUCUAAUAUCAUCUCUUUCCUUUCUCAAGAACAAGCUCGGAGUAAAACAUGAAAUCAAAACCAAGAGUUCAAAGAUUGAUCUCUACGCUGGUAUUACAGAAUCCGAUCUAGAUUCUUCUUCUUCGGAGUCGGAAGAUUCUUCUCCCGAUAGUUCUCAGUGUCCUAGUCCGAGCACAGGCUAUAAUACUCCGGAUACUAGAUUGAAACCUGGUCCUACAGCAGAUAUUCUACAGAAAUGUCUGGAUAUCUUGAACAGUGAUAUAUCCGACUCUGAAACCCUGCCUCAGCCUGAUAUUGUGAAGGAACCCAAUAAAUCCUUGAAGCCGGAAACCCAAGAAUCAGAUGAAAAGAAGGCUGUUAGAACUCUGCCCCAAUUUAGUCAGGGGCUUCUCAAGAUUGCGUCUCCCCGGCGUGAGCAAGAAUACUCCUCCAGUAAAACCUAUAAAUCAGGCUCUUGCAAGGACACAAAUUUUCAACCAUUAAGUGUCAAUGUGACCAGUUCAGGGGCCGAGAGCAAGGGAGCUUGCUCGAAUAGUGAAAGGGGGGGUUCCCCCUCCCCCGAACUAGGACGGAUUUCUGAAAACAGUUCGGAUAGUUUUGAUUAUCCCGGCCCCCCGGAGUUAGAGCUCAUGGUUUCUCUAGUCACAACUUCUGUCCCUGCUACAGUGACCACUACCCAAGCCAAGCCAAUAUCUAGCUCUGUCCAAUUUAAUUCUCAAAGUUUUGCUCAAACCAAAUCCAUCCAAUCCGUGACAGUAUCCGCCAAUAGUCUUAUCCCACCUGAGAAUGGAAACCAGGUUCAACAAAUCCUUCUCCCUCCCGUUCCAGCAGGACAAGCUCAACAGAUAAUCAUACAACCGUCCCACAACAUUAACCAACAACAACAACAUAUCAUUCAACAACAACAAUCCUUCCUUGGUCCGAAUUAUCCUUUGGUUCAGAUUGUUCAAUCCGGCAUUCCGCUGCAAUUGAUGGGCAGUCCAAUCUCUUUACUCAGUGCCGGGGGGCAAUUUCUAGGUACCCUAGGAGGGGUCAACAAUCAGGGAACCCUGCUCAACAAUCUACAGAGCUUUACAGCCCUCCUCCAGCAAAAUCAACAAAACAACUCAGUUUCCAACCCGGCCCAACUAAAUUUUCAACAAAUCCCGAACAAUGGGAUGGUCCCGGUAUUGCAACAGGGACAGUUUACUCAGAAUCUUCAAAACAAUCUUGUCUCCCAACCCAAGCUGCUCAACGCGAUAACAAUCAAACAAGAGCCAAUUCGGAAUAAUAUUGUGACGCCUCAACUCGUCUCAUUCCCUGCUGCAAGCUCAGGAAACCUGACAAGCUAUGCUCCUAGUUAUCAGAUUCAGGGUUCUCUCCCCUCCAGUACUCCAAUUAUCUUCUCAUCAAACCAUCAAAAUCUGCUACAAAAUGUCCCCAUCCCACAGCUCCAGGCCUCGAGCUGCUCUCUACCACAGUUUCAAACUUCUAGCUGCUCAGUUCCGCAAGUUCAGGCCACAAACUGCUCUAUAUCUCAGCUCCAAUCUUGUUCAAGCAGCUCCCUCAACCUUACUCCCAUCUAUUCCAAUCCCAUGUCAGCUCAAUCAACCGUUACGUCCCAACCAUCAUUAAUAUCUCAAACCCCUGUGGUUACUCAACCCCCUGCGGGAUCCCAAACCCCAGUUUCAUCCUCCAAUAUCAACGUAGUUUCGACCUCUAGCUCCGGGUCCUCUCCUAUGGCUCAACUGGUUCAGGAUCCUGUUACAGGAUUAUACAAUCUGAUCACCUCUCCUGCUCCAGUAUCCACCCCACUCCUUUAUCCUUCUGCUACCUCAACCCCCUUCUCCUGCCCAACUUCAACCCCAAACCUACGAUGCACUUCUACUCCCCUUCCACCAGGUACCCCUGGAUUGGUUACUGGAUCACCUAAACGGUCUGGAACGCCCCUCUCCAAUUCUCCGAGCAAGCAACCCAAAUUGUUGCUUCCCUCAUUAGCGAGUAGUAAGGAGAACAGACCGGUAGUAGAGACGCCCCCUACUAAAUUUAUGUGCGGCGUGUGUAAUAAAUUCUUCGGGAACACCAAAAACUUACGAGUUCACAUUUCCGAAAUCCAUGAAGGGAAGAGAGGUCAGUUUCCCUGUGAUGUUUGCAACAAAGUAUUUCCCCGAAAGCGGAAUAUGGAGAGACACAAGAACGCGCUGCAUUUGAAGAAUAACCCCGUGUGUCCUCUGUGCCAAAAAGUGGUGGUUAAUAUUGAUGUACACGUGAAAAGAUUUCAUCGAGGAUCUCAGGAUUUCAAGAAGGAAUCCGCGGCUACAGCUUAA